UUUAAAUCCUUACCUACUUAAUUAAUAAAUACUCGGACUCCGCAGAAGUAGGUACCUACUCCAACAAAAACUUGAAAUAAUAAGCUUGGAAAAUUGUCAGAAAGUUACAAACGUAACGUAUCGAAAGGAGUGUGAUUUUCAUCCUCCUCUUAACAAGUUAGCUUCCAUCUUAGAUUGCAUCAUCACUUACCAUGAGAUGAAAUUGUAGUCAAGAGCUAACUUGUAAAGAAUAAAAAUAAAUGUAAACUAUGAGAACAAGAAAAGCGUAUUAUUAUAAAAUCAAAUCAGCACGUAUGCAAAAGCGCAAUGCGAUUUGCUACGAAUUGCUCUACGAGAAUACACUGUAGUGUUCUACAUACAUUUUCCCAAUUCACAAAACGCUUCACACCCAAGAUUUACAUCAGUACACAACACAAAAGGACCGCAUAAAAAAUUCAAUUCCAAUAUAACGAUAAUGUAGGCGUGUAUUAUUCGCCGUCGGCAACUUCAGUCUCGGACGAGCGGAACGCGGAAGAAACGCUAGGGCGGGCGCGUGCGCGAGACUUGGGCGGGGUUUGAUUUCCGCCUUAGAAGUUCCACCAAUUGAAAUUGAACUGUAACCAAGUGUUUUUAGGGUCGCAAUUGAAACGAGGUGGUGGUUUGUGUGGGGGUGGAGGUGUGCGAACCGCCUCCGCCGCAGUGUGUUCGGUAGAGCGUGGCGUGCGAUGGCCGCGCGCGCGGUCGCGUGUCUGGAGCAGUAAUGGUGAUGGAGCGGCUGGCGGACUUCGUCAGCAAGUCGCUGGAGGGCGGCGACGCGCCCGCCCCGCCGCCGGAGCCCGGGGAGCCGGACGAUGCGGACGAGGACGUGGACAUCACCGCGCUGGAGGAGAAGGCGCCGCCGCCCAAGAGGCCGCGGAACUGGCUGGUGUCGCCGGUGCCGCCGCACAACUACAAGCGCGAGGAUGACGACGAUGACCAUAAACACGAUCUCACGGACAAAUCAAACGGCAGCAUAAACAGCAGCAACAGCGGCAAGCAGCGCCGCUCGCGCACCAACUUCACUCUGGAGCAGCUGGGCGAGCUGGAGAGGCUGUUCGACGAGACGCAUUACCCUGACGCCUUCAUGCGCGAGGAGCUCAGCCAGCGCCUCGGCCUCAGCGAAGCAAGAGUCCAGGUGUGGUUUCAAAAUCGACGUGCUAAGUGUCGGAAGCACGAGAGCCAGAUGCAUAAAGGUCUCAUGGUAGGCGGAGGUGGAACGCCACUGGAGCCAUGUCGCGUGGCGCCAUAUGUGGCGGUGCCACGGUUGGCAAACUCGACCCCUCGGCCGCCGCCACCGCCGCCGCUGUCACUCGCACCCCAUCCGCCGGCGACAGCCUUCGCGCCCUUCGACUCUGCAUUGUUGUCGGCUCAUCAGUACGCGACAGCAGCAGCAGCAGUGGCGGCGGCAGCACUGUGUCCUCCAUACGCGGGGCUGGCAGCGCUGGCGGCGCGCUGCCGCUCCUCGUCGAUUGCCGACCUGCGGCUAAAAGCGCGGCGGCACGCCGCAGCGAUGGCGGCCGCGCGCGGACACACGCCGCCGCCCGCCGCCGCGCCCUCUCCCGCCUCAGCGCCCGCGGACACAUAGCCCACCUUACUAUGACGAUUAGUUCCGAAGAUUUCAAAAAUCAAAAGUUUGAUCAAAAUACUCGGCUAUUUAUUUCGUGAGUGACUUUUGAUGUAAAGUAGUCGAUCUUAUGGCGAGUAGUUAGACGAAACUUUAUUUUUUUUUUACUCGUGAAAUUACAUUUCUAAUGUUUUUAGUUCAAUCUUCAGGUUAAUAUUUUUGAAUUGGAUUGCAAACGAAAUUUCUGUUAUUACUGAUCAAACUACUCGCCCAAAGAUAAGGAACUUCACGUAUGAAUGAAGUGACUCGCGUUUUGACUAAAAUUUUGACCAAUGAGUAAAAUUAGUAUGGAAAAAUUGUAAAUGAAUUAACUGUGAUAGUGAUUGAGUAAUCGUGGAGCAAGGAUGAUCUCAUGAAUAUACUUAAUUUAAAAAUUACCUAAUAACUAUUUGGAUUCUAAGCUUCUUGUCUUGAUAAAAUGUUUUAGUUCCAGGUUUAAGGAUUGUAAAUACGAAAAAAGUAAAAUAUAAUUAAUACUAAGAUUCAAUAUAAUAAAACAAAAUUGAUGCUCUGUUUAUAGCUGUGUAUCUACUAUUAUUAUGAAUUAUACUAUUAGAAAUUAUUGAGCUUGUUUAUAUUUUUAAUUUAUAAAUCGGUUACAUAUUUUCAUUUACUUAGUAUUUACUAAUUACCGUUGCUUUAAUAGGAGUUACAAAAUAUAGGGAAUUGAAAAAUACGUGACGUUGCUUUUUCUUAAUAAAUUGCAUAACAUGAUAGGGUUGUGCCACAAGAAUAAUA